UAAUAAGACUAGUAGCAGUACUGUCUCUUGUACACAAAACAUUGUUACGGCAACUGAGAGAGUUAAACCCUAAACUCAACUAGACGCCGCAACCCCCUCUCUCCACCACCGUCGUCCGCCGCCAAUGGCCAGCAAAAAACGGAACUCAGUUCCGGAGGAAGAAAAUGCCACCGAUUCUCCCAAACCUCUCAACAAAAAAUCCAAAAACAUCGAUGCUGUGGCGCUACCAUCCUCCACAAAGCCGAAACGAAAAGCAUUAGACAAGGAGCGCCGCCGCGCCACGGCCGGAGAAGUAGUCCCGGAGCCGAAACCUGUGGCGGCGGCGGAUUCGCCCAGCACCAGCGGCGGCAGCGCGGCUCCGGAGUUUCACAUUGGAGUGUUCAAGGACUUGGCGGUUGCUAAUGAGACGAUGAGGGAAGCUGCUGCGAAGCAGAUGGUGAGGGAGUUGAAGGAAGUUCAGAAUGCUUAUGAUGGGCUUGGUGAGAGUGAGAAGGAGGAGGGUGAUGGUGGAUUCAAGCUGGAAGCGGAGAAAGAUGAUGGGUUGGAGAACUGUGCAGCCUCUGUUAGAUACGCUGUUCGUCGGCUUAUUCGCGGUGUCUCGUCGUCAAGAGAGUGUGCCCGGCCAGGUUUUGCUCUAGGUUUAGCAGCGUUAGUUGGCUCUAUCCAUAACAUCAGGGUUGAAUCCUUCCUGAAACUUGUAGUUGAUUUACUGGAAGUAACCUCAUCAAUGAAGGGUCAGGAAGCAAAAGAUUCGCUGCUGGGACGCUUAUUUGCUUAUGGUGCUCUGGCUCGAUCAGGAAGACUGGAACACGAAUAUAGUUCGGAUAAAAACACUUCAUCCAUAAAGGAAUUUAUCAGUGCACUUAUAUCUCUUGCAAAUAGAAAGCGGUACUUGCAAGAUCCUGCUGUCUCAAUAAUUUUAGACUUGGUUGAAAAGUUGCCUGUUGAAGCAUUGGUUAAUCAUGUUAUGGAAGCUCCCGGGCUCCAGGAGUGGUUUGAAGCUGCUGUAGAAGUAGGAAAUCCUGAUGCUUUGCUCCUUGCUUUAAAAGUUCGGGAGAAAAUAUCUAUUGACAGCUCUAGAUUUGGCAAGCUAUUACCAAAUCCAUUCAGCUCUAGCCAGCUAUUCUCCGCUGAUCACCUGUCCUCCCUGAGUAAUUGCUUGAAGGAAUCAACCUUCUGUCAGCCUCGUGUUCAUGGUGUCUGGCCUGCUUUGAUAAAUAUUCUUUUGCCUAAUGUUUCACAAUUAGAAGAUGCCGCGUCAGCUUCAAAUUCAUUGAAGAAACACAAAAAGAAUAAAAAAUCUAGCUCUUCUGAUGAAGAAAUUGUAAAGAGUCUUCAGUCUUUUUGUGAAAUAAUUAUUGAAGGAUCUCUCCUUUUCUCAUCUCAUGACCGUAAGCGCUUAGCUUUUGAUCUUCUGUUUCUUCUCCUCCAAAAGCUGUCUGCAUCUUUGGUUCCAGCUGUUCUUUCGAGCAAAGUUGUUCAGUGCCUGAUGGAUGUACUGUCAACAAAGAGCUCAUGGCUGUAUAAAAUUGCACAGCAUUUUCUUAAACAGUUGUCAGAUUGGGUUGGGGAUGAUGAUGUCCGAAGAGUUGCUGUUAUAGUUGCAUUACAGAAGCACAGCAAUGGAAAAUUUGAUCUCAUCACACAAACAAAAAUGGUUAAAGAUUUAAUGUCGCAGUUCAAGACAGAACCUGGUUGCAUGCUUUUUAUUCAGAACUUAAUGAAUAUUUUUGUGGAUGAAGGUAAUGCCUUGGAGGAACCUUCAGACCAGAGUCAAACAACAGAUGAAAAUUCUGAAAUAGGUUCUGUUGAGGAUAAGGAUUCUCCUAUGAGUUCUGACUUUUUGAAGAGUUGGAUUAUAGAAUCCCUUCCUAGUAUUUUGAAAUGCUUGAAGCUGGAUCAUGAAGAGAAGUUCCGAGUGCAGAAAGAAAUCAUGAAAUUUCUGGCUGUUCAGGGUCUGUUCACUGCAUCUCUUGGCACUGAAGUGACUUCGUUCGAGUUACAGGAGAAAUUCAGAUGGCCAAAAUCUCCCACAUCAAUUGCUCUUUGCAAGAUGUGUAUUAACCAACUGCAGUUAUUAUUGGCAAAUGCUCAAAAGGGAGAGGGGUCACGUCCUUUAGCUAAUAGCCUUGAGCCAAAUGAUCUCGGUUCAUACUUCAUGAAGUUCUUUGGUACCUUAUGCAACAUUCCUUCAGUUUCCCUCUUCAGGUCUUUAGAUGAUGAGGAUGAAAAAGCAAUGAAAAAUUUGCAAGCAAUGGAAACAAGAUUAUCCAAAGAGGAAAGGAGCUCUAGCUGUAGCUCUGAUCCUAACAAGUUGCAUGCACUGAGAUACUUGCUUAUCCAGCUGCUCCUGCAAGUGCUUCUUCAUCCAGGGGAAUACUCUGAAGCUGCAUCUGAACUUGUCAUCUGUUUUAAGAAAACUUUUUCUUCUGAUCUUCCUGAGUCUUCUGGAGAAGAUGAUCUGGAGGUUGAUGAUGCUCCUGAAUUGAUGGACGUUCUUGUGGAUACAUUACUCUCUCUGCUUCCACAGUCAUCAGCUCCUAUGCGCUCUUCUAUUGACCAGGCAUUUAAGUAUUUUUGUGGUGAUAUCACUGAUGAUGGACUGAUGCGGAUGUUGCGGGUCAUUAAGAAAAAUUUGAAACCUCCUAGGCAUCCUGAUGCUGAUGAUGAUGAUGAUGAUGAAGAUGAGGACGAUGACUUUCUCAAUAUUGAAGAUGAGGAAAUUGAUCAAGGUGAGACGGGUGAAACAGGUGAGAGUGAUGAGCAGACAGAUGACUCUGAGUCAGUAGUUGAAAUGGAGGAAACUAGUCAUGGCGAUCCCGAAGCUUCCAAUGAUUCUGAUAGUGGGAUGGAUGAUGAUGCUAUGUUCAGGAUGGAUACAUAUCUUGCCCAAAUUUUUAAAGAGAAAAAAAAUCAGUCUGGAGGUGAAACGGCUCAUUCCCAGCUUGUGCUUUUCAAACUUCGCAUCCUAUCUUUGUUGGAAAUUUUCCUUCAUGAAAAUCCAGGUAAGCCUCAAGUUCUUUUGGUGUUCUCAAAUUUAGCUCAGGCUUUUGUUAAUCCACAUACAGCAGAAGUUAGUGAGCAGCUUGGACAGCGUAUAUGGGGAAUAUUACAAAAGCAAAUAUUCAAAGCAAAGGAUUAUCCUAAGGGUGAUGGAGUCCAAGUAUCCACUCUUGAAUCUCUGUUGGAAAGAAAUUUGAAAUUAGCUUCAAAACCUUUAAAACCGUUUAAAAGCAAAAAGCCUGCAUCCAAACCAUCAGAGCAAUCACCUGCUGUGAACCUAAAGAAAAAGCAAUCAGCUGUCAGACAGAAAAUGGUUUCUUCCCUUGCCCAGCAAUCAACCUUCUGGAUUUUGAAAAUUAUUGAUUCAGGAAAUUUCUCAGAGUCUGAACUUGGUAGGAUUGUUCAAAUUUUCCGGGCAGCAUUGACGGGUUAUUUUGACAAUAAGAAGUCUCAAAUCAAGGCUGGAUUUUUAAAGGAAAUUUUUCGAAGACGCCCAUGGAUUGGACAUGCUGUCCUUGGCUCUAUACUGCAGAAAUGUGGAAAUGCCAAGUCAGACUUUCGCCGAGUGGAAGCACUUGAUCUAGUUUUGGAAAUAUUGAAGUCAACAGGUGGUAAUGAUCAGAGUGCAUCAAGAAAGAUUGUUAAAUCCAAUUUGGAUAAACUCUCUUUUCUAAUGAAAGAGUUGGUGACAAAUAUGCCGAGCAAAUCAGCAAGACGUUCAGAGGUAAACAAGUUCUGUGUCAAGUGCUUUGAGAUCUUGUCUAAGCUUAACCUUACCAAGCCACUGGUUAAAGCUUUGCCACCUGAUGCUCAAGCCGCCCUUGAGGCUCAACUUGGUGACAAAUUUACUAGAUUGAAGAAGCUAGACAAAAAAACAGUGGAAACAUGAAUUGCUGCUACAUCCUGAUGCUGCUACAACUUAAUUGAAUGAGCUUUUUGGUAAUACGGUGCUCUCCACGCUUCAUUCAAUCAAUUCCGAAAUACAGUGUUGUGUCCAAAAGCAGUAAUCUGAUCCUUGAAAUUUUGGUAAUCUGAUCCUUCAUGAUGGACUGGAGCUUUAGUGCCUUUAGAAGAAGGAUUGGAGUGGAGUUUUGGUAAACUAUAAAAUUAUUGAUUUUGUUUGUUUCCGGCUAUGUAUUGUUUUGUGAACCUUUUUUUUGCAUAUUGUGAGAUUUUGACUGAGUAAACAGGAUAAACUUGAAUUUUUAUAUCCAUUUUUUUCUCGUCUGCAAA